AUGCUGCUGCCGCUGCUGCUGCUUCUACCCCUGCUCUGGACGGGGUCCCUGGCUCAGGGCUUGGGCUUCCAGCUGCAGGUGCAGGAGACGGUGAAGGUGCAGGAGGGCCUGUGCAUCUCCGUGCCCUGCCGCUUCUCCCACUCCAAAAUGUUCUGGACUGAGUCUUUCCCAGCUUUUGGCUACUGGUUCCAGGAAGGGGCCAGUGUAUACCAGCAUGCUCCGGUGGCCACAAACAACCCAGGUCGUAAAGUGCAGGAGGAGACCCAGGGCCGAUUCCGCCUCCUUGGGGAUCCCUGGGCCUACGACUGCUCCCUGGACAUCAGAGAUGCACAGAGAAGGGACUCGGGGACAUACUUCUUUAGGGUGGAGAGAGGGUCUUUGAUGAGAUAUAAUUACCUGCAGAAUAAGCUCUCCGUGUUUGUGACGGCUCUGACACAGACACCUGACAUCCACAUUCAAGGACCCCUUGAAUCUGGCCACCCCAAGAACAUUACCUGUAGCGUGCCAUGGGCCUGUGAGAGGGGGACACCCCCCACCUUCUCCUGGAUCGGAGUUGCCCUCCCCUCCUGGGGCUCCAAGGCUCCCCACUCCCCCAUACUCACCCUCACCCCGAGGCCCCAGGACCACGGCACCAACCUCACCUGUCGUGUGACCUUCCCCGGAGCUGGUGUGAGCACAGAGAAAACCGUCCAGCUCAACGUGUCCUAUGCUCCACAAAACCUGACCGUCCACACCUUCAGGAGAAACAGUACAGGUAUCUCCUGUUCCUGUCCCCAAAUCUCUGGGGGCUCCUGGCCUCUAAUCCUCACCCUACUCAGAGGGGCCCUCAUGGGCACUGGCUUCCUUUUGACCUAUGGCCUCACCUGGAUCUACUACACCAGGUUCAAAGGCUCCAAAGAGAGUAAGGCUGCAAGUUGUAACUGAGCCCUCUUCCUCACGGUGGUGCUGCUGACCAGCGGAUGAGGAUCUGUCAAACUACAGAUGCUCACCGCAGAGACUCGCUCCUGUACAGCUCUGUGGAGCAAGGGGGUCCUGGGGGACUGGACCCUGCCUCCUCUCCAGGGAAUCAGGUCUCUCUACCUCUGGCCACUAAGACUCUUCCUGCUGGUUCUGCAUCCAUGGUGAGGAGGGCACAGAUGGAUUUUUGUUAUAAUUAAUUUGAAUUAGGCAUACCCUGUGUAAUAUGUUGCUUCUGUGUGUUUAUCUUGGAUAAGCCCAAAAUUCAACCCCACAAUACAGUGCUAUAAAUCU